AUGCACCCACGCUUCUCAUUGAUCACUUUGCUCGCGGCAACAGCCGCGUCGGCUGCAGCCACCGACUCUGGUCCGGCCCCGGUCGGGCUCUCGCCGGCGGUAGCACCGGGUCCGGCACUCGAUGCCCGGCAAAACCCACCACCACCACCACCCCCACCACCACCGCCGCCGCCGCCGCCGCCGCCGAACCCAACACUACCAGACAUAGACAUACCAGAACCAUCUGGUGCAAACCCGAACCCAUCCCCACCAAACCCAUCCCCGCCAAACCCAUCAGACCCGAACCCGUCACCACCGAACCCAACCCCGCCACCAGGCCCACCAACGGACUUGCCAACCCUGCCACCCAAGCCCCCCAUCUCGCUCUUCUCCCUCCCAACAAGCUGCAGCACCUCACUCUCCUCACUCAUCACCGCCCUCCCCACCCCGGGCACCACGGACCACAAGGACCUCCCCGCAUGGGCCUCCUCCUCGGCCCCGAUCCAAAAAGUCCUGUCGGUCAUCACCAACAACUACGCGUACCGCAGCCUCGGCGACGACGCCGUCGACUGGUGUCGCGCCGCCGCGGCCGCCGCCACCCCGCCCGCCUCGCUGUCGGCCGCCUACUCGACCUACCUCGACCAGGUCCAGGCCUGGCGCUACGACGUCGAGGGCACCGCCUACGAGCUCGCCGCCAAGUGCGGCUACCAGGUCGGCUUGGGCGCCGAGAUGCUCAUGGCCACGGAGAUGGCCAUGUGCACGAGUGGGCUGGCGGCGAGCGUCACGCCGUUUAAGACGGCCGGGGUGGGAUCGGGGCUUGAUGGGAGUGGGGAGGGAGAGGGUGGGGGUACUGGGGAGAAUGCGGCUGGGAGGGUGGUGGUUGCUGGGAGGGCGGUGGUGGUGGUGGGCGCGGUUGUUGUUGGGGGGGUGCUGGCGUUUUUAUGGGUGGGCGGGCAGACGUUCAAGAGGUCGAGUAAUACCAGAUGGGUACAAUUAGAAGACCUAAUCAACCUUGUGCUCAGCAAUAACGAACAUACCCAAGGCCCGACCGCCGGUGGCAACCGGAUAUCGGCAAGUCCCAUGACCACGGCUAUAAAAAACAAAAACAAAAACCCCAUGGCCACCUUCCCACCCGCAGAAGGUCUCGCCCGCGCGGCUCUCACCGUGGCGACGGUGGCCCGCGCCAACACCCCCAGCCACCGCCACGAGCCCCCUCCCACCCCCAUCUCGGCCUCGUCAAUUGGCAAACUCGUGGGCGCCAUCGUGGGCGUUGUCUUCUCGCUGGCCGCCGUCUUCGCGCUCUCCGCCCUUUUGGAAGCGCUGCCGCCACCGCCGCCGUACCAGCCCCCGCCGUCAUACGCCGAGGCCACGGGGCAGGGGCCGGAGCCCGUCGCGUUCCCGUUCCCUGUGCUCCCGCCCCCUGCGUACCCGGGCGGUGGGCACAACGCACACCCACCACCACCGCCGCCACCACCGCUCGGGACACAAGCGCAGGGCUUCGAGCUGCAGCCGCUGCCGCCGCUAGCACAACCACCACCGGAAUCGGGAGCACCACCAGCGGCUGCAGCUGGAGGGGCGCGGGAGGAAGGACAAGAAGAUGGGCCGGGUGGGAGGACGCGGGGGCAGAAGGUGUCGAGGGCAAGGUCUGGUGAGGAGGAAAGAAGGGACGCGUCGGGGCGGGCACGGAGGAGGAUAGCCACGGGGCCAGCGGAGGCUGACCAGGGCGAGGGUCAUCACUGUCACGGGCAUCGGGAGCAGCAGCAGCCUGGGGACUCUCAAGAGGGCUGCGGAGCGGGAGGGAAACAACCAGGGGGAUGCCCUGACAGUUGGGGGGGAUUGGGAAUUUCCUUUUUAGAGAAAGAAUACGUUAUGAUAACUAGUUAG